AUGAAGCUUAAUGCAACUACAGAGAUGAUGCCUGUGACAUGGCAGCCUUUGCAGAUAUGCAUCCUUUUGCUCCUACCCAACAAGCAUAGGGGUAUCAGGAAGUGUUCAAGAAUUUGGGGGACAUUCUGUGUUGGAUUAACAAGUCCAUGGUGGAUUGGGGUUGAUGUUUGUCAUCUAAACCUUCACAAGACAUUUUGCAUUCCACAUGGUGGUGGUGGGCCCAAAAUGGGCCCCAUUGGUGUGAAGAAACACUUGGCACCCUACUUGCCUUCACACCCUGUGAGUAAGCCACUUGGCACGGUUUCAGCAGCACCUUGGGGUUCAACACUUAUCUUGCCUAUAUCGUAUACAUACAUUGCCAUGAUGGGAUCUCAAGGACUUACAGAUGCAUACAGUAUAGCUAUCUUGAAUGCAAACUAUAUGGCAAAACGUCUUGAGAGUCACUAUCCCAUUCUUUUCCGUGGUGUGAGUGGAACAGUUGCCCAUGAGUUCAUCGUUGAUUUGAGACCCUUGAAAACAAGUGCUGGAAUAGAGCCAGAAGAUGUUGCAAAACGUCUGAUUGAUUACCGGUUUUAUGGUCUAACUAUGUCAUGUUCAAUUCCAGGAACACUAAUGAUUGAACCCACUGAAAGUGAAAGCAAGGUAUUUUUUGAAAAAAAAAAAGAAUUGCUAACACUAAAUCUCGCUCUAUCGUAA